AUGUCGCCUUCACGGGCAACGGUGUGGUUGGUACCCAUCCUCAUAGCCUGGCUGGGCUUGAUUCUUAUCCGUCGAGAAAAUGACAAUCCCGGCGAAUUCAUUCUGGCCAAUAACAGAAGCUCUCUCCUCUUGACAAGCACUCCGCAGACGCUUCUAGACAUCGAUGACGCCCUUGUAUCAGAAUCCAAUCCAGCACGAGAAGAUGGCACCUUUGAUUAUGAACGCUGUGCAAGACUGCACAAUUACCUCGUUGCGUAUGGAUGGAUGGCGCAUCACGAGCGAGAAGUGGACGACCUCCAAGAAUUGCUGAGCCGGCCCUCCUUUUUUGAACUUGAGGGCUACGACUUGGGGGUUCCUAUGCACCGUCUCAAUCCAGAGAUGGUUUCAUUCCUGCAGUCUAUCAUUCUGCCAGGUGAUCGUGAAGGAUUAUUUUACUGGGUGGACAGCAUGGGCGUACUCCCUGCUGAUCUUUACUUCUUUGAUCAGGAGAACAAGCUGCGCAACCGCGAGCGCUUCGUCAACCUUCAUGUCUCCUGGGUUGACCUUGGCUCUCAUAAUAUCGGCCUCUUAUUUGAUCAGAAGCGGAAUCGUGUAGCGAUACCCCUCGUGAUAGAGAAUCUUGACAGCAUUAGUCCCGUCAAGGACCAUUUGGAUAUGUGGUUCCCACUCGAGACGAUGCUGACCAACUGGAUUCACAUGCUUCGCAUUGGCAAAGUGACUGCUAGUCCACCAGAAGAGGAGGAGUAUCCACCUCGCGUUGCCCGGCUAGGGUCGUGGGUAUGGCAACCUUAUAGUCCUGCUCAAGUGGACAGCGCCGUGGAUGCCAUGAAUCGACUCUCGGCUGCCAUUGAAGCUAGGAUGCCUUCCAAAUCCCAUCUGUCGGUCUCUCGAGAAUCCCCUCUUUUGACCGAUUCCGAGCUAGAUGCAGCGUCCGUUCCGGAGAAUUGUUUCAUUCGCUCGGUUCUAUCCAAAGUGAAAACUCCCCGCUUCAAAUACAUCGCACCGGGUCUGGAAGUACCGCACGAUGCUGCGGCGUUUGCAGCACGUCAGAAGUUUACCGGUCUGACUCGCCACCCUGAAUCACCCACGGUUAUACCACCAGUGUUAAUUUUCGCAAACCAAAAACGUACGAUCAACUUCAAUAAGGAGAUAAGGUACUUAUUCUUCGACCCUCACGACCCAAUUCCAUAUGAUGAUCGUGAUCUUAUUCCCGUGGGACUAUACUCCGAGUUUGCACGUCGAGGGGAGUCCGAUCUUGCAGAGGAAGGAUUCCGUCUGUUGCUGCCAUUCGAAUUCCGCGUGGAGCUUUGGGAUGAAAACAGUGCUAAAAAGAGCGAUGGAAGUUUGGUGCCUAGGGGUUCGGUGUCUGAGCUCUUCCAGCAUGGCUAUUUCCCAUUUGGGGGUGAAUGGCGGGCUCAGAGAUUCGAGAGGUUGUUGGAUCGGUGGCGGGAAUUGGUGGAGAGUGGCGUUUGGAAAGUUGGGAAGAAUGGUGUCAAGGGUGGUAUUGACCGGUUUCAAGAAGCGGACUACGGUUAUUGGAAGGAUUAUUGGAUUCCCCCUGGAUGGUGA